ACCAGUUUUCUCCAGCAAACAAAUGCCCGGAAAUGACGUAUGUUGUUGUUGUUCCAGGAAGAGCCGACGGGAAAGCACUGAACUGCGUCAACAGGCAUUUUUAUGAUACAUAACGAUUUUUGUCGAGGUUCAGCAUGUCAACUGGCCAUCGUUGACUGAUUAAUGGCGCUGAUUGUGGAUGGCCCUUCAUUAGACAACAACAUGGACACAUCAAAUUUUGCUCACGUCCUCUUCCAGAAUGUAGGCAAGAGUUACCUGCCUCAUGCUGCCCUGGAGUGUCAUUAUACUCUCACACAGUUCAUCAAACCACACCCAAAGGACUGGGUUGGAAUCUUCAAGGUCGGUUGGAGCACAGCAAGGGACUAUUACACAUUCUUGUGGUCCCCUCUCCCUGAGAAUUAUGUGGAUGGUACUGCAGUCAACAGAACAGUGGUCUUUCAGGGUUACUAUGUGCCCAAUGAUGACGGCGAGUUCUACCAGUUCUGUUAUGUGACCCACAAAGGGGAGAUUCGUGGUGCCAGCACACCCUUCCUGUUCCGUGCCAAUAGCCCUUCAGAGGAAGAGCUGCUGACUGUGGAGGAUGAGUGCAACUCUGACAUCCUGGUGGUCACCACCAAGGCUGGCUUUCUUGAGCAAAAAGUGGAGGAAGCACAGCGAGUGAAAGAUGAGCUGGUAAAGAAGGUGGCUGUGUUACAGCAGGAAAUGGCCCAGCUGGAAUCAACCAAGGAAAGCCUGGAGAACGCGUGCAAACAAGAGGAGGAGAACUGCGCCCUGUUGAAAAUGCAGAAUCAGGAGCUUCAGAGUUCUUCAAGGGUCUUGCAAGAGGAAAAGGAGGAAGUCAAGAGUAGGUUGGAGGAGGCCACAUCCAAGGUGUUACAGCUGGAGGCAGACCUUAUUGGUGUUACCCAGAGAGGCUUACUUAAGGAAACUGAGCUGGACUUCCUGAAGGACAGAAUGAAAAAACUCACAAUCGAAAAAGAAACUCUUGAGUCUCAAGUGAACAACGAGAAAGAUGAGAAAGAACUUUACAAGAUUCACCUGAAAAACCGUGAGUUGGACAACACUAGGCUGAAUGCAGAGCUGCAAAUGAUGAAGUCAGUGGACGUUAACAAAGAGAACACCAUCGCUCAGUUCAAAGACGAAGUGGGCCGCCUGCAGCUGUGCCUUACGGAGAAGGAGCAGCAGUACAAAGAGAUCUUGGCCAAAGUUUCCCCCUUGGGAGAUUUAAAAGCCCUGAAGGAGCAACUGCGUCAGAAAGAGGAGCAGCUCCAGGCCAACCAGCAGCAGUCGACCAUGCUGGCCGCUGAGCUGAGGGAUGCAUCGAGCACCCGCGACCGCACAAUGUCCGAACUAUACCACAUGAAGGUGGAGGCCGAUAUCCUGCGACAGGCAAAAGCUGAGGCGCAGGCUAACUGUAGCCGUCUGGAGAACCUGGUGGAGCAGAUGAAGGCAGAAGCCAAGCAGGAGGCUGCCAAAGCGGAGGAAGCCUUUACGGACCCUGCUCUUGUGGCAGAGCUGCAGAGAGAGGUGGAGGACCUUAAGCUGCGUCUGCACAUGGCUGCUGAGCACUACAAGGAAAAAUACAAGGAAUGUACUCGACUGCAAAAACAAGUGCUCAAACUGUGUGAGCAGCAAGGGGAGCUUAAGAGAAACUCUGCACAAGACCUGACAACAGUACCUGCUUCAGCGAGUCCAGACACAUCUGUUCCAGAUCCUAUGUUGGAGGCCAUUAUCCAGGAGAAGCUCAAAGAGGGUUCUGACAGACAGUCCAAAUACAGGAAAUACAAGCAGUUGUUGAUGGAGGAAAAGGAACGUAGCGGCAUGCACGAUGAGCUUGCCAAGAUGGUGUUAAAAAUGAAAGAGCAGCAGAAGAUUAGUGAGAAUCUGAAGCUGCAACUGGCGUCAGGGGAAGACCGUUAUAUGGAGAUCCAGAAAAGCAACAAAAAGACAGAGCAGGUCACGGGUGGGAAAAGCGCUGCGGAGAAUAGUCAUUUCAGGCUUCCUCCAUUCAAUCCGCAGUACCAGAUGCCAUACACCCAGGAUACUCCCAACGCUCUGUUGGUCUCUCAGAGCCCCACUAAGCUGCAGUUUGGAAACCCAUACACUUCAGUGUCUGACUCUAAAGACGAGGAUGAUGACGAGGUGUCGGACGAGCAGCUGCUUUGCCUCCCCCCGAUGGGCCCGCCCUCCUGGGACAGCAACGUGGUGUGCAUCCAGCCCACCCGCAACCAGGCCCGACCCGACGGCCGUGAGGAGUCUGAUGAGAAGCAGAGCAACACCAACAACAACAAUGUUAAUACCAAUGAGAAGCCUGCCACAACAGAACCCCCCAACCCAUUUGUGAAUGAUGGCCAAACUCCGUAUUGCUUUGAUCCCAGCAUGGACAUGAAGCGUUGCCCGCUGUGUGAGGUCAUCUUCCCGCCCAACUACGAUCAGUCCAAGUUUGAGGAGCACGUGGAGAGCCACUGGAAGAUCUGCCCCAUGUGCAGUGAGCAGUUCCCACUGGACUGUGACCAGAAGGUGUUUGAGAAUCACGUGCUCACCCACUUCGAUGGGAACCCGCUCGAAUUUGACUAGUCACAGGCCGAAUCGACGCUUGCAUUGGCGGUGUCAUUCAAAAUCUUUAUUUUAGUUACCAACUGGCGUUUUAGGGUUGGAAAUGUCAUUAAUUAACGUUUCCAAUUUGCAGUUAAUCCUGAAAAUGAAAUGUUUAACCUUACACUGUUUAAGAUUUUUAGAAACUGAGGUGGGGAACACAAUAUAUACAACGUAAUUAACAACCAAAACAGUUGCCCCACUACUUCUCUUAAGAAAGCUAUAUUGAAAUGAAGUCAUAAAUACAGACGUUUGUCAGAUUUUAGAGUAAGCCAGUGCUAUUGUUACAGCCUUGAUACUAUGUGUACAACUCUGGGUUUCUUUUCUAUUGGCUUUACCUAUUUCGUCGGUGAGUCAUUGCAUGUCAUACUCCCAACUUCUAUUAUUUUCUUCAUAUACUUGUUUUAUCUGUUGACAAAACUAAUAAAGAUCCUUUGAAACAUCAGAA